AUGGCCAACAUUCAGUCCACAUCGUCGGCGCGCCACGUCCUCACCUUCGCCGUGCUAUACUCCGCGUCAAUCUGGGCGGUGAUUCUCCCUCUGCCGCGCCUCGCGGAAGCAGUUGCCCUCUCCGACGUGCUGGCUCAAAUCCGCGAUCAGGCCCAGUUUCCCUCCAGUGACCUAUCCGCUGGAAUGGUGGAGUUUUCCGCGGGAUACGACAAGGUGACCGACAUCAGCAGUGUCUCGCUUCUGUUACCUUCCAACGACGCCUGGAGUCAAGCGCUCUCGGGCUACCAGGGCAUGAACCCGUCCGCUACAACCGCGUCGGACCCGCUUUAUGAGGCGCUCGACACGAUGGUGAAGUCCAAGGGCGCCGUGGCGAGUCUCAACGCCAUGUCUGCCAACGCCAAGAAUGCCAUGUCCCGGCUGGCCAAGUACAUGGCGAUCCGCGAAUACAUCUCAGUCCAGGAUAUGGAAUCUGGCAAGGUCUCUAGCGCGGUGUUCCCCGCCAACAUGGGCUCCCUCACCAGCUACGAUGCCGUGUCACCGUACGGCAAAGGUGCUGGUACUUUUGCCUUGUAUGGAAGCUCCAUGGCCCUGGUUCUUUCGAUGAUUGCAGCGCUUUUGCUCUAG